CUCUCCUCACCUCAGGCACACACUAAGAGAUUCCCCGCCCGGAGAGGGGAGCCAUUCCAUUGAGCCUAAGGCACAGGGCGUGUCUGACGACAGUCAAGUUGCCCACUCGAGGGAAGCCAAAGCAGCCAAGCCCCAAGGCGUCGAGACGUGUCGAAGGUCAAACACACAGGGCUUUGUUGUCGUGAUUCAUUGGCUGUCGCAGGUGUGUGUGUCAGUCGUGUCAGAGCCUUUUGUUGUCAGCAAGUGUGACUCAGUGCUGCGUGUUAACUCUUUGUGACGUUGUGAGAUCCCGUUCGUGUCUCCGUGUUGGUGUGCCUGUUGAUUGAAUCGCUGAGUGUCUCCCAUCAGGUGUGGUGUCUCAAGAGCAUCGAGUCAACGCUAUCUCUAUAGCGUGAACCACAUUAAACCGGACCCUUGCACACGGGCUUGGGUGGAGGCUGCCAUUGGCUGGCCGUCGGUGGUCUCACACAGAGAAGCCCGAGAGCCGGCGGUAGGGUACAUUGCUGCUGUCCCCCGACUCAGAUUUGCUGGUGUCCUCCGACUCACAUUCAUUGGGCUGGCGUGUCUCGUCAAUCUCCUCGGCUUCUUCCUCCCAUCUGUCCACGUAGAGGUCCAGAAUCUCACUCAGCUCCGACGGCAGGACGAUACCGCUUUCGUCCACAGGUCGGCUGCCGUCCUCACGGCAAGGUACGGGAGGCAGUUUCACGCCUGGAUCGGACUUUGUUUUCCUCACGCCCAACUCCUUCACCAGAGUAGGAUCAGAGGCUUCGAUGUCCAGGGCGCAACCUUUUGUGUCGCCCUCGUAGUGCGUCAGGCGGCUCGACGGUCGGCUGUGGUCACUGGGCUGUGAGACGCUGGCCGUGACGGUGGUCGUGGUGUUGCUUGGGACCCCUGUGGCAUUGGCGAUCUCCUUCUCUGAAGGCGGACAGCCUACCCCCCCUUGCGCGUCGCCAUCUGCAUUGUGCUGCGUCGUCAGGCGACUCGAUGGGCAGCUGGCUGGUGGGGGAGACUCAGCGUCGUCGUCGUCGAGGGGCUCCUUCUCUGACGGCGGAGGAGCAUCACCCUCGCCACAUGCCGUGACUCUGGUGGCCUUGGGCCGGCGCAAGCCACGGGGGAAGGGGAGGCAGCCGCACAUGAACUUGCGUUGGGGGCGCGGAGCCUCGCCGAUGUGCCGCGCCUCACGCACUGCAGAGGCGCGAGCGGGACGGAGGCGAAGCCUUCGCUGCAU